CUAAUUUCUAAGAAGCCUUUUUUGUUAUUGUCUGACUUUGUUGAUUUUUCGGAUUUUAAGUGAAAAAUAAUGUCUACAAGAGCCCUACCUCAAAGCAAAGAAGCUUUAUUAAAAUCGUACAGGACCAGACUGAAGGACGAUGUAAAAAGCAUGCUAGAAAACUUCGAAGAGAUUAUCAAACUGGCUAAAGGAGAACAUGAUACUCAAUUAUCCAGGCUCACACAGUGCGAACAGGAUACCUAUGAAAUGCACGUAAGGUCAGCAAAUAUUGUUCGUGCUGGUGAAUCUCUAAUGAAGCUUGUAUCAGAUAUAAAGCAAUAUCUUAUAUUGAACGAUUUCCCUUCGGUGAACGAAGCUAUCACACAAAAUUCUAAGCUGUUUAGGACAAAACAAGCAGAGUGUGAUCAAAAACUGAUGUCUUUGAGGGACGACAUGGCUGCUGAUCUUUAUGAUUUAGAAGAAGAAUAUUAUAGCAGUAUUAAUAAAAUGUAAGUUAUUUUUUAGGGUAUUUAAAGAUAAGCCAUACUAUCAAAAAAUUAUACAGGGUGAGUCUUAAAUAAGUGUAAAUAUUUUCAGGGCUGGUAUAUUUCGACCCAAUGAACACGUCUAUGAGGUUUUUUUCGCAAAAAAAU